CUCUGAGACAAGCCUCCGCUCAUUCUGAUUCAACUAUGUGAUCUGUUUUCACACACGGACUCCUUCUUUUAUGCCCCUCUUCUCCUCCUCUUUGGCACACUCGAUGCGCACUCCGCACUCGCAAAGCAUCCGCCGUGUGUUCGCUAAAGUUACUUUCUUUUAACAAAAAAUAGUUUCACUUAUAACUUGCUCUCCAGAUCUUCGGGCAUGACCACUAUGGCAACUCCUGCCGCUCCGGCUCUGCUCCCCGCCGCUCCGCUCGGCCACCACCCGGCGCCGAGUUCCGUCUCUCCGGCCACCAACUCUCCGCCACCUGCGGCCACCUCCGCCGCGUCCUCCCCGGCUCCUCCGGUGGCGCACCCGGCGCUGCUGCACCAGUUCAGAGCGGAUCUCUUACUAUCGAACGGGACCCCGUUGAAGAGCGGAGGAGCGCCGGUGUCCAGCAGUGCUAAGCCCGUGUACGCCACCGCGUCGCCCGUGGAGAGCACGCCGCAGAACAACGAGUGCAAACUGGUGGAGGUGAAAGGUGCCAAGCUGGCCUCGUUCACCGUCAAAGACACGGAGCUCAUCUGCCUGCCGCAAGCUUUCGACGUGUUUCUCAAGCACCUGGUCGGCGGGCUGCACACCGUCUACACCAAGCUGAAACGGCUGGACAUCUCCCCGGUGGUGUGCAACGUGGAGCAGGUCCGGGUGCUGCGGGGGCUCGGGGCCAUCCAGCCCGGGGUGAACCGGUGCAAACUUAUCUCCAGGCAGGACUUCGAGACGCUCUACAACGACUGCACCAACGCAAGUUCGAGGCCUGGACGACCGCCCAAGAGGCUGCAGAGUGUGACAGAGGGCGGGACUCACCACAUGCUGUCUCACAGCGGUCUGAUGCACGCUGGGAUCAUACCUCCUGCAGAUCUCUCGGCCCUGGCCAAAAAGAUCAAACUGGAGGCGAUGGCCAGUUACCACAGCAACCAGCAACAUGGCGCGCCAAAUGGGGAGAACGGUGACCACAACCCUGGCCUGGUUCUGGAUCAGUUGCCCUUCAUGAUGAUGUCACAUCCUCUGAUCCCUGCCAGCCUGGCGCCGGCCUCCGUUUCCAUGGCGAUGGGCCAGAUGAACCGACUGAGCACGCUGGCCAGCAUGGCCAACGUGGCACAGCUCCACGCCAACCCCCCUGCCAGGGCUCCCACCUCCGUCAUUAAGGAGCGAGUGCGUGACAGCCCCUCCCCUUCUCCCUCACUGGAGGAAGCUCAGAUGUCAUCCAAUCACAGCAGCAGCGUGUCGAGUUCGCCGUCUCACACAGAACGCACUGCAGAAACCACACACCCUCUCCAUGAUGGCCUGUCGUCGAGCCACAGUGUGUUGGGACAUUCUCCUGCAUUGGUGCAGGGGGCCAGAGAGACAGAUGUGGCUUUGGUGGAAUACAACAAGGAGAACAAGAGGAGCCACGCUGACAGAGAUAACAACUCCUUGGCUACACAGACAACCAGGGAGAGCUGUGAUAGACAAGUCUACCAGAAACCCCCAUCAGGCUGCGAGAGGGUAUCUUACCCUGCAGGACAGAAGCUCCCAGCAGGUCUCCACCACACUCCCUUCAUCUUCCCGGAAGGCUUGUCCUCCAUAGAGACCCUGCUCACGAACAUCCAGCAGGGUCUGCUGAGGGUUGCCAUAGAGAACGCCCGAGCCCAGGAGAAGCAGGACCAGCUGGAGAGGACCGAGCUGAAGAUGGAGCUGGUCCGAGAGAGGGAGCUCAGAGAGACCUUGGAGAGACAGCUCAGCAUGGAACAGAAAAACAGAGUUCUGAUCCAGAAGCGCCUGAAGAAGGAAAAGAGGAGUAAGAGGAGACUACAGGAGGCCUUGGAGGAGGAGGUCAAACUGCGUGAUCAGGCAGAGCACAGCCUGCUGCACACUGCCAACACACACACAGGCCAUCAAUCAUCAACAGCUCCUCCUCACACAGAAUCUGUGACCCAGGACGUGGAAGGCAGCAACCACGAUGACAGCAGGAUGGACACUAAGGGGACAGUACAAGAAGGAAGAGUUUUCCUGCAAACCACUGGGAUGUUCUGAAGACAGAAGGAGAAGGAACAGAUGGAUGGAUGGAUGAAUGGAUGGAUGGAUGGAUGGAAGAGUGACAAAGAUUCUUCAUUUAUGAGAUAUACAAUCGACAGGCAUGCUCAGUGGCAUCUGAGACACACAUGUCCGCCUCCUCAAGAGGACUCCCCUGCAUUUGAAGGGUGACAUUUGAACUUUUCUAUCGUUCUCUUGUUUAAUUUAUUGCAUUUAUCACCAAAUCUCAGCCGUAGUGGGAAGACUAUUUUAUUCCGAUGUUGUGUUUGAACUGUGUUUCUUUCAAUCAAGGCUUUUAGAUCCUAGGUGAAGACGACCAUAGUUGUUUUUUUGUCAGUGCUGUUUAUCUGGACACAAGUGAUGAAGAUGAACUUGUAACAGAGUUGUGUACAUAUAUAUAGUCAUCAUUUUUGUUAUUAUUAUUAUUAAAAUUAAAAAAACACAUAAUGGCAUGUUGUACAGUCAGUAAAUGACUUGUAUUGUGUAUGUUAUGCAGUAGUGCAGUUUGACAAUACAAACAAUACAAAUCCUUUUUAUUAAA